AUGGCGAAGUCUGUAACGCAGGCCAUAGUUACUGCCAUGGGUGCCAUGUCAGAGAAUUUAUCCCAUUCCAUAACUACGGCAAUGAGAGCCACGCAAUUACCUGCUAACCCCACGGCUAACCCCCCAGAGAAUAAGCCGGUGGCCCCUGGUGGGCGUAAGGCCGCUAAAAAAUCUCGUCAUUUGGACGAUUAUGCCUCCAAAACCCUACAGACGGACAGGGCACGUCCUGUCACAGAACCUGUGGUUGGACCACAACUAAGAGCCCCCCACCGGGCAAAAUCGGUGAGGAAAUGGAAGAGGGCUAAGGCCCUACUGGAAUCCUCCGACUCUGAUUCGGAGCUAGAGGAGGCUCAGAGCGAGUCCGAAGAGGAGGACUCUGAUGAUUAUAAUGAGGACUCUACUGAGACUCACUUGCGGGACUAUAGCUCCGCCACGG